UGUUGUUUUCCUUGAACAGCAGAACCAGUGGACAGUCGACAUCUUUGAAAUCUAUCGCAUUCCUGUAUGCUAUGGCUGUUUUUUAAGCCAAAAUUGACACUAAGGUUAUUAUUUUGAGAAACUUGACGGCACAAGGGACCAGUGGAAUAUAUUCUGUAUUUGUCGUGUUUUGAGUGACACUUGUUCUUGUCUUUUUUAAAGAUGGGCAGUCAGUACCAGCGCUCAGUACCACUCGAGGUGAGGAGAGCAGAGGGAGAGAGAGUUCGGGCCAAGCAUCCUGACAAAAUACCGAUCAUUGUGGAGAGGGCCUCGAGGUCACGAGCUCCUGAGCUGGACAAGAAGAAAUACCUAGUGCCCUCAGAUUUAACAGUGGGUCAGUUGUGCUUCCUGAUCCGUCAGCGUGUAUCUUUGAGACCGGAGGAGGCGCUCUUCUUCUUUGUCAACAACUCCCUUCCCCCAUCCAGCUCCCCUCUCUCUGCUGUAUAUGAGGAGCACCACGAAGAAGACCUGUUUCUCUACAUGACCUACAGUAAUGAGAGCGUGUACGGUGCCUGAGGGAGGACAAAAGACUGGAGAAAAAGAGAGAGACCAGAGAGACAGAGAGAGAAUGAGACUGUCUGAGGAAUAAAGAGUUUGUUAUGCUUCACACCACUAUUAUUCUCUAUAUUAGUUUUGAUAAGCAACUACAGUACUUGGUGGAAGAUGGGCUUUGCUCAAGGCAGAGGGGUUGCUGGUAGGGUUUACCUUCGUCAGUAUUUCGGGGUGAGCGUAAUGUAUAUUAGUAAACUUCAGGUUUUGUUUAUUCCUUACUUGGUGAAAAGAGAAAGAGUGAAUGCAAAAGGAAGUUAUCGAAUUAUGUUGAGAGAUCUCUCGUAAUCUCAGUCAUCUGUAUUUAAUGCAAAUAGUUUUCUUUUUUUUUGUAAAUUAAUAUCAUAAACUUUUGUGGAAAAUAAAGAUAAAAUUGCAUACAUUUCUGAUUCUGUAUAUUUCUGUGUCUCCAUCUGCCGCACCUGUGGUUGAGAUGUCAAUAAUAAAAAGGCAGAAAUGAACAUUUA